AUGUACCGAAGUGAGCGGUCACCAAUUCGAACAAGCCUUAGAAGAACAUGUGGAAAAAAAGAAGAUGAAGAUGAUAUUGAUGAUACAAAUAUUGAAUACGAUCAAGAUAAAAAUGAAUUUCUCAUUUAUGAAAUAGGAAAUACUGAAGGUGAUAUUUUUGUUGAAAUGGGAAUAAAUACUCGAACUGACAAAGUCGAACACUUUAAUGUUCCCAAAAUAAUACCAGACACAGAAUAUCAACAAAUGAUGAGAAAUCUUAAUAACAAUCAAAGGAAAUAUACUCUAAACGUAAUGAAUUUGAUUAAAAAUGGUGAAAAUCAAUUUUUUCAUUUCAUCAAUGGAGGUGCAGGUGUUGGCAAAAGCACUCUAAUCAAAGCAGUGUAUCAAUCAAUACUAAGAUUUUAUAAUUCACUUCCAGGAUAUUAUCCAGAUAGUAUUCGAGCUGCAUAA